AUGGAAGAUCCUGCAGCUCUCUCUCAAGCCCAUGGGGGCGCUGGUGCCAAGGCAGGUGCUGAGGGAGAUGGGGAGGUUGUGUCUCAGCCCAGCCUUCCCAGGUCUGAGGCUUCUGGGGUGUCUGAGGUAAUAAGCUCGGCCUCUCUGCAUGUGGAAGAAGGCUGGGCCACACUCCCUAUGGCUGUGAGUCCUGUCCAGCCCCUCACAAGUGGCUCCCGGCCUGCCCAGGCCUCAGGGGGUGGGGCUAGGCCAAAUCCUCUGCAGGAGCGGAGCAGCGGCAGCUGGACCAAGCAAAUCCUCUGCCGGUAUUAUCUUCAUGGGCAGUGCAAGGAGGGAGAGAAUUGUUGCUACUCCCAUGACCUUGCUAGGCAGCAGAGGGCAAGGGAGAGCCAAGGUUUGCAUCCCCAGGCCUCUUCAGAGAGAGUACGUAGUGUGGCUGUGCAGAGUGAGCCCCCCACUGAGGAAGAGCUGGAGGCCCCACCUGCUGCAUCCUCAAGCUCCUUUCCUCUGUUUGGGUUGGCUGCUGAAAACAAUUUCUUUGAAGCUGAGGUAGACCAUUCAGGAUUUGAAGCUGCUGGAGGAGAAGCAGGUAUGGAAGGCUGGGUGAGUGCUUUUGAGUUUGCUCCUGCACUGCCCUACCAAGGUUUCAUGGUCUAUGCACAGGCCUUCCCAGCUCCUCUUCUGACACCAGUGAUUGCAAGUGAGCAGAUACCUGUACGCAUGUGGGUCCCACUUUGCCGCUAUGCUGCCAAUGGGAAUUGCAUUUAUGGGGAGAGAUGUAUGUACCUCCAUGGUGAUGUAUGUGACAUGUGCGGGCUGCAGGCCUUGCACCCUGUGGAUGCUGACCAGAGGGAAGCCCACAUAAGGGCCUGCAUUGCAGCACAUGAGAGAGAUAUGGAACUCUCAUUUGCUGUGCAACGCAGUGUGGACAAGGUGUGUGGCAUAUGCAUGGAGGUUGUCUAUGAGAAAAACCAGCCUGCCCAACGCCGCUUUGGUAUCCUUUAUGGCUGCAAGCAUACCUACUGUCUUUCUUGUAUUCGCACAUGGAGAAGUGGUACACAGUUUGAGAACAGAAUCAGUAAAUCCUGUCCACAGUGCAGGGUCUCUUCCAGCUUUGUCAUUCCCAGUGUGUACUGGGUAGAGGGUGAGGAGGAGAAGGAGCAGCUUAUUCAGGAAUAUAAGGAGUCACUGAGACACAAGCCCUGUAUGUAUUUUGCUGAGGGCAGGGGUCAUUGCCCAUUUGGAGAUAACUGCUUUUACAAGCAUGAGUACCCUCAUGACCAGAAAGUGCAUUAUCCCAGGUCAGGUGGUGAUGAAUCCAGCGGAUACUGGCAUCAGAUUUUGGAGCCCGUGUGUGUGGAAGAGAGUAACAGGCUCUUCGAGAGUAGUAAUGGCGAGCUUUUCACACUUCGCAUGGCAAAGGUGUUGUUUAAGAAGUUUCUUGCACUGAGAAAUGGUAUUCCUUUCUCUGAUGACCAGUAG